AUUUAAGAGACGCAUAUUUUAAGGAUUAUAAGAUAUAUUGAAUUUUAUAGAAAUGGAUAUAAAUACUUUGAUAUUUAUUUGUAUAAUCUACGGUAUUGUCAUGUUUAUCGAUUAUUUCUUUAAAAGUUGCAUGAUGUUACCGUAUAUAGACUGCUUAAAAUCAACGGGAAUUACAGUGAAAUUUUUUCGAAUCCAGUUCCACACAGACAAGUUUAAUAGAAUUGUUAAUAGACACAGCUCAAAGCUUCCUGGAUUUUAUAAACAUUCCUUUAAGAUUGGUUUCUGUGUCACGAUGAUAUUGUUUCCUGUCGCUUUAUUCUUUAUGAUCUAUUCACUGUGCACUGGAUCUUCUGAAACUACGAAUUUAUCUGAAAAUACAGGCAAAACAAGUACUGAGGAAGUGGCGCAUUUAGAAAUUCUUUUACCUGGAGUCAAUUUGCCACUUAAUCAGAUUGGAUACUACAUAUUAUCUCUACUAAUCUGCUCUUUUGUGCACGAAGCAGGUCACGGAAUAGCUGCAGUGGUUGAGGAAAUUCCAGUUUCUGGUUUUGGAAUGCAUUUGUUCUUUAUCCUACCUAUUGCUUAUACACAAAUCGAUACAGAGUAUUUACAAGCAGCAAAAGUAUGGAAAAAACUCAAGAUUUUCUCAGCUGGAAUAUGGAAUAACUUAAUAUUAGCUGGAUGGUGCUACAUAUUAUUGUUAUUACUUCCAAUUAUAUUAACACCUCUGUAUAACUCAAAAGAAGCAGUUUUUAUUAAGAAAAUCAAGCCCAACGCACCAAUUCUAGGAGAAAAUGGCUUGUAUGUUGGCGAUUCCGUUUAUAAAAUCAAUGACUGUAACGUCUCAAAUGAAGAUGAAUGGCUUGAUUGUCUUACAGAGUCACUAUAUCAUCAUCCAGCAUAUUGCGUAGACGAGAAUUUCGUGCAUGAAAAUGAAGAAUCAGUCCAUGAAGUUGAGCAUUUAAAGGAUGGUACAAUCACAUGCUGUGGCUCUGACCCAGCACUUAACUGUUUUGAGAAUUUUGAUGAGGAACGUUUGCCACAAUAUGUAUGCCUGAAUAUAAGAAACACAAUUGAGCACGCUAAGCAUUAUUGCCAUAAAAAAGCUUGUCCUGAUCACGUAUCAUGUGUUAAGCCACUACUACCAAAUACAACAACAAUACUUCACAUAAAGAGAAGGAAUCGAACCAAAGAUUUUGUGUAUUAUGGACAUCCACUUGACAUCCUUAAUUACGUUGACAUUUCAAAUUUUGUGCCUAAGACGAAAGUCUUUGAACCGAGUCUUGCUGAUGCUAUAUCCUUAAUGCUGAAAUAUUUGAUUGUAUUUUCAUCUGGAUUAGCGAUUGUCAAUGUAAUUCCUUGCUAUGGACUUGAUGGACAGUUUCUAGUCAACACAAUUAUCACAAGUUUGCCAUCAAAAUAUUUUAGUAAGUCAAGGAAAGAGAUCUUAUCUGUAUCUAUCAACUUAAUUGGUACAUUCACUUUAUUAUUAGCUAUAAUUAAGAUAAUUUGGACGACAUUUCUGUAGGAUCUAGUUUGUAUUUAAUAAAAUUAAAGUUUUUUGUUGUUAUUUUUAAUAUUACCACUUAAUUCGAGAGAGUUUUGCAGUUCCUUUAAGCUUCUCAUUCCAACUUGGAUGCUCAUUUUAAUUGUUAUUUCAUCUUUCAAGUCUUUAUUCUUUCUAAAAUCAUCGCUAAGCCAUUUCUUCAUUUCCUUUCGACUUGAUUCGUCUGGGAUGUUAUUAAUUGUCCUGUAUAUAUCCUUAUAAAGUUUCAGAACUUCCUGUCUUAGCAUGAAUUGCUUUAAACUCAGUGCUGAUUUUAAUGUUCGAGACAUUUGUUGACUUUUUUUUCUCAAACUUCGGGUACGGAACUGAUUAAUAAGAACUUUUGAGUUUAACGGUUUUGUAAGAUUUGAAUUUCUUACAAUGAAACUGGAUGACUGAAUUUGAAAUUAUUUCUGCCGUUAUUUCUUU